GAAAGAAGAAGGUCAACAAUCUCCUCUCCCAUAUAUAUAUAAUUCUCCUCUCCUUCCCUCUCUUUAAUUACUUGUCACGUUUACGUUCUCUCAUUCAUCUCUCAGAUCUGCCAAACUCUGACAACAGCAACAAUGGCUUCCGCAUCUCCUCCCACCCUCCCAAUCUCCAACCCCCAAACCGUCCCCUCCGCCGCCGCCCCUUCCUCCCUCGAAUCCCAACAACCCCCCCUCGCCACCCCCGCCUUCCGCGCUUUCAUCAACCGCAUCUCCGAAACCGUCUCCAACGGCCUCUCCCAGCGCCGCCCCUGGUCCGAGCUCGCCGACCGCUCCGCCCUUUCCAAGCCCGAGUCCAUCUCCGACGCCGCCCUCCGCAUCCGCAAGAACUACUCCUACUUCAAGGUCAACUACCUCGCCGUCGCCACGGCCAUCGUCGGCUUCUCCCUCGUCACGCACCCCUUCUCCCUCGCCUUCCUCCUCUGCCUCCUCGCCUCCUGGCUCUUCCUCUACCUCUUCCGCCCCUCCGAUCAGCCCAUUGUUCUCCUCGGCCGCACCUUCUCCGAUCGCGAGACGCUCGGGUGCUUGAUCUUGUUCAGCAUCUUCGUGGUUUUCCUCACGGACGUUGGAUCUGUGCUCGUCUCGGCUGUGAUGGUUGGUGUGGCGUUGAUCUGUGCUCAUGGUGCGUUUAGGGCUCCCGAGGAUCUUUUCUUGGAUGAGCAGGAGCCGGCUGCUACUGGUUUCCUCUCGUUCCUCGGCGGCGCUGCGUCUUCCGCCGCGCCUGCUGUCAUCGCCGCUCGCGGGUGAUGACAAUGCGGAUCGUGAUGGGCUCAGAUCUAUAUCUUUUUGUUUUGUUUUACUUUUUUCGAAAGAUCUUCUCCAUAUGAUUCGUUUGUUCAAUCGAUACUUUAGGGUUUAUGAAUCUGAAAAGUUGUGAGAUCUGCAUUAAUGUUUUUGUUCUCUUGUUGGCAUUAUAUAAAUAUGUUUUACCUCU